UUAGCAAUGAAGAGAUCCAGAGCAGGCAGAAGACCAGAGCGGGGUGUCCAUGAAGAGGAGGAGGGGGGGUCAUCGGUGGGGGUAGGAGAGUCCUUGUCAAAGAAGUAAGCUCGGAGAUGGAGCCGGCGGAAGAAGAGUUGGGCGUCAUUUCGCGGAGGUGUGGGCGAAAAGGCCUCUUCAUCCUCACACGGAGGCUCUACAUACCAUCUCUCAGCGUCACCUUCGGCUCACCGGACAGGCAACUGCAGUUUAAGAUGGGGGCGGUAACUAGCUGGCGGUGCUGGUUUACGAUCCUGACAAUGUGGAUCCUGUGGUUCCCGGUGCUGUUAACUGAAGAUAACACUGUAAAGGUUACAAAUGUAUCUUAUACGUCUCAACAUAUGGGGAAUUGCUGGUUUAAUUUCAAGUAUUACAAUAUUACUUAUGAUGAUAUACAUCUUUCUAUUAAUAAUAGAACGAUUCUCGAUAGCGACGGCUAUGUUCCGCCCGUAAUGAAUUUCACUAAGUCUGAGGGAUUCAAGUUGGAAGGCUGCCAAACUGUAUCGAUGAGGUGCUACAAGGAUGGCGUGGAGACGAUUUAUAAAAUUCAAGUGAAGGAAGAGGGUGCAGACAACAGUAGAGAUUGGAAAAUCUGGGUAGCUGUGGCCGUCCCGGUAUUUCUAUUCCUGGUAUGUUCGAUCCUGGGACUUAUUUACUGCAGGAAAGUACAUCACCGGGAUAAACACCAUUUGCCCUUCUGCUGUGAAUCCCAAGCGAAGGACCCCGCUGUGGAACAGAACCUGUGUGAAUCUCAGGAAACCCUGUAGUCGGAGCAGCUGACUGGCUGUGCUGAUCCCAGCUCAUGUCGACAAUGAAUCUGCUUAUCCUCCUCCUGUUGAACUCACUGUGCCUGGCAAACUUGUUCCAGAUUGCCAUCGCCUCUCCCUCCCAGCACCCCCAUCACACCUUCAGCUACUUAUUUUUGUAAUGGCGAACUCUCCCGCGAUGGACUCGGGAGGGAGUUGAUGUGUGUCGCUGAUGGUAUGGACGGGAGGUGACUGGAAUGAUGAGAUUCACAUUGAUGCAGCCCAUCUAUCGAUGCCCCUGGAUAAGUCCUGGAGAAAACUCCGAAGAUUUUCUGACAUUAACUUAUUUUGUUAGAAAUGUGUGUUUGAUUCCUUGGGCUUUGCAUCUUGUAUGUUGUAUUUAACAGAUGUGUUAACUGUUGAGGGUCUUAAGAAUGUAUGUGCAUUGGAAUAGAUCCAAUGGACAUUAUAUUUCAUGUAUUUAUGAUGCCUGUUUUGCAUAAUCUGUUUUAGAUAUGUAGUUGGUGCUUAUUACCAAUGGAGUGGAUCCAUUGGGCAUGAUAGCAGUAAGUAAACUUGUAUAAAAUAAAUUUGUAAUAACUCUAAAGCUACAUAGAAUGUACAGAAACUGUAGGUGCACAGGAAUCUGUAUGACUUUGGGGGUAUUUCCAGACUUUUUGCUUUGAUUCCCCCCACCCAACUACCCAACGGAUAAAUUGCUGUUUUUUUUUACCUGCCUGCCAUUAAGGAGUGGAGAAUUUUAUGAAAGGGUGAAUCCAGGUACUCUGGCAUGGGAAAGGCCUGCAGGGUAGCGUACCUCCAAACUCCUGGGGGUUAGUUCAUCAGAGUUACUGUGCCUAUCUCACGUGGAGUGAGAGAAGGGAGGGUUUUCUUCUGUUUUCAGUUUAGUCAAGACUUAAUCCUGUUCCUCUGUAUAUCCUGAGUUCUGAAGAGACUUUGAGAACAAUAAGGGUGCUUGUCCCUGGGUGGUGGGUCCAUCUGUUUUUUAACCACCCCUCUACCACCCUCUGUUUUACAGAGAGCCCUUCAGGUGGAGUGAUUACCCACUGGCUCACUCCUCUUGGUGCCUCCCCUAUUCGAUCCUCGCCUCUGCCCAAGUGCUCUCUGCAUGAGAGUACGGAGCUCUUCCCAUUCUCCCUGUGGGUCUUCCCAUCGAUUUUCUACCACAUCCCCAGAAACCGUGCUAGGUUUAUGGGUGAAUGGGACACUGUAAAUCUCCCUGGGCUGUGACUGAGGGGUGGAAUCUGUAGGUGGGGGUGGGUGGGGUGGCCGGUUGAUUGAUAGGAAGAUUUCGAUGAGGAUCGGUGUAAAAAGGAGCUAGUUGGAGUCUGGAAUGGACUGUCCCUGUGCUGUUCCUCCCCAGUAAAGUACAGAAUCUAAGUAGGAUUGUUGUAACUGGGCGGCUGGGGUCAGGCUGGACGUGACGUGGCUUCACAUUCAGAGAUGUCAUAAACUGUUGGAGACAGGUUCCCAGGGUUAUGGGUGACCUGACCUGUGGGUCAUCUGACUUUUACCAAAUUCUCCCAUAUAUUUACUUUGAAAAAAAUAGUGUUCAAAGCAGGCUUGGCAUGCCUGAAUACUCGAGCUAGGAAUAUUUCAAAGUUUUUUAAAAAUAAUAUAAAAAUUAAUUAAUAUUAAUGUGUGAUUAAUGAGUGUAUAUGGCACGUUCCAUUCUGGGGAGUGUCGGGAGGGAAUGUAUGAUGAAAUGAAAGGAUUGCAACCGGCAUAUGUUGCAUGGGUGGCUUGUAAAAGUGGAUAUUUCUAAUGAGGGGAGAAUUUGGCUCACAGUUAGCACCCAAGAAGGAAACCUAUUCAAAACCCAGGGACUGCCUGUAAGCCCCUCCAUUGGUAUUGACUGUUCUGUGUGAAAACCAAACCUGUCCAUGCAUUUUGGGGUCAAUUCCUCAGUGUAUACAUGACCUUUUUAUUUUGAGGUACAGCACAGUCACAGGUCCACUGGUCCAACUUGUGAAAUGAUGCUUAGUUUUAAGCUGGAAGUGGGGUCUGUUUUUAUUAUGUAUGUUUUGUCAACAUUCUAUUAUUAUUUUGCUGUAAGUGCCUAUAAGAAACUGAAUCUCAAGGAAUAUUGUAUACCCACUUCGGUAGUAAAUUUAUUUUGAGUAAACCAGGUCACCAAGUUGUACCUAUGUGACCUGUGAACCUGUGAUUUAAUAUAAUAGAAUUCACCCUGCAGUGAGAAGCUGAAGUCAGAUGUGUCAGUAAAGGGAAUUACAGAGGCAUGAGAGAGGAGCUGGUCAAUGUUGAUUGGAAGGGGAUACUGGCAGGGAUGACAGCAGAGCAGCACUGUCUGAAGUUUCUGGAGACCUUUCAUAAGGCGUGGGAUAGAUACAUCCCAAAGAAGAUGUAUGCUGAAGGCAGGGUGACACAUCAAUGGCUGACAAGGGAAGUCAAAGUCAACAUAAAAGCAAAAGAGAGGACAUAUAAUAGAACAAAAAUUAAUGGGAACAGUGCAUUGGGAAGCUUUUAAAAAUGAACAGAAGCUAACUAAAAAGCUAUAAGGAGGGAAAAGAGUAAGAUAAUCUGGCCAAUAAUAUUAAGGAAGCUAACUCUGUUAAUAAAUUUUCUAUUAUUUCUCUUCUGGGAUCCUCACUCCCUUUAUCUUUUAGUAAACUAACUGAAAAUUUGGUAGUUAAACAUACUUUGAGGAUCUGGAUACAAUUUAGAAAAUUCUUUGGUCUAUUGAGAUUUUCUCUGUCUCAUCCCAUUUGUUUUAACUAUUUUUUUAAACCUUCGGUGACCGAUUUUAAAGAAUGGGAUAGAUUGGGUAUUAAAUGCUUCCAGGAUUUGUUUGUUGGAGGAAGUCUUUCAUUUGAGCAGCUAAAUAUAGUUUACCCAAAACUUACUUUUUUCGUUAUUUACAAAUUAGAGACUUACUGCAUUCUCAACCACAGUCGGCCCUCUUUAUCCACGAGUUCUGUAUGCGCAAAUUCAACCAAACGUGAAGCGAGAAAACCCGGAAAUGCUCUUCCAGCACUUCUUGUUUGAGCAUGUACAGACUAUUUCUCUUGUCAUUAUUCCCUAAACAAUGCAGUAUAACGACUAUUUUACAUAGCAUUUACAUUGUAUUAGGUAUUAUAAGUAAUCUGGAGAUGAUUUAAAGUAUACGGGAGGAUGUGCGUAGGUUAUCAUGGAUCGGGAUCGAAAACAUUGGAAGUUCUCUUACUAAGUAAGUUGGAACGUGUACAUUUGGUAUUAUUCAGCGUCAGUUGUCAAAUGUUUGUCUUAGUAUAUAGUAUAUAUUUUACCUUUCUAUGCAUAUAAAACACUUAAGAACGUACGUUUCAGUGCCGGGCUGGGGAACAGAAGUUCCCGAGUUCGAUCCAGUGACAGACCGCUCCCUAGCGCGCUCUCCACUGUGCCGGGUUGAUAUGGAAGAUCAAAACCCCAAAACCCAAUAAUUAAACCACUGUGUUGCUUAGUAAUAAUUGUAGCUUUCAUCGGGGCAGAGCCUUUCUCAUUUUAAAAUUCUUCCGAACGUUGACCGGCUGUAGCCUAACACUUUUCCAAUGACGGGUGGUGUUUCACCUCUUUUCAAUCGCUUUGCUAUUUCCACUUUAUUUUCUAUCGUGAUUAUUUCGUGAACAGAAACACUGUGGAUUCAGAGCUCCGCCGCUGGGUCCUAAUGUCCACCGCAGUGAGACAGGUUAAAUAAGGUUUGGUGUUCCACUGGGUCCUAAGGUCCACUUCAUUGAGACAGGUUGUAUAAGGGACUUCAGCAUCCAUGUUUUUUGGUAUCUGCAAGGGGUCCCGGAACCAAUCCCUGGUGGAUAAGGAGGGCCAACUGUAUAUACAUUUCCUAUAAGUUCUGAUAAGGACUUAUUAGAUGUAAUUUUUAAUUUGAAACCUUUUUAUAAUGGUUCAAUAUCCAAUAUUUAUGGUAUGUUGUUAGGAAUGAGAAACAUUCCUGUAGGUAAAAUUAAAAAUCUUUGGGAACAAGAUUUGCAGGCUUCAAUUUCUGAGGAAACUUGGAAUGAAGUUUUUGAAUUGGUUAACACUUCAUCGUUAUAUGCUCGUCAUUCCCUUUUACAAUCUAAAGUGGUUCAUAGGGCUGACAUGUCUAAAGAUAAGCUAUCUCGUUUUUAUUCAGAUAUAUCUCCUUUCUUGAUAGAUGUAAUAAUGGAGAAGCUUCAUUAAUUCACAUGUUUUGGACAUGUCCAAGCCUUGAAAGAUACUGGAAGGAAGUAUUCCAAACUUUCUUGGUACUUUUCAAGGUAAAUUUUAAGCCUAACCCUUUGACCGCAUUAUUUGAUAUUGUUGGAGGAAAAGACUUUAUUUUGGAAACACCUGAUUUGCAUAUUUUGGCUUUUACUCUUAUAGCUAGGAGGGCGUUCUUGCUUAGAUGGAAGGAUGCUGUUCCACCUACUCGUGCUCAAUGGUUAUGGGAUGUUAUGUGAUGCUUAAAUUUAGAGAAGAUCCGAUGUUCAGUUUUUGACUCUAGCCAAAACUUUUAUACAUUGUAAGGACCAUGUUUGAGGUAUUUUUAAAACCUUUGAUUUGUUCUAAAAGUACAGAUGGUGGUUAAUAUAUUUUAUUAUAUGAUAAGGGUUUUUCCCUUUUUUGCUUUCCCUAACAGCUCUGACUUUGGUAGUGGGUUUAGAUUUUUUCUAUAUAACAAAAUUAAAUUUCAAUAUUACAGUUUAAUUAUAUUUUUAUGAAUACAGGGUUUUGUGAUUUUGUUUUUAAUACAAUGUAUUUGGGGCUAUACUUUUGCUUUUGGCUUGUAUAUCUUGUACUCUGUAUUCGUUUAUGCAGAAACUAAUAAAAAUAUUGAAAA